AUGGCGAGCGGCGACUAUCGCAAAGAUGACUUUCUGGAGGAGAGCCGCAUGGACUCGGGUAUUGACUCUUAUCGCUCCAUGCUGAAGUCGGAGGAGCAGCAACGAGAGCUCAGCACCGAGAUAAGCGGGCCACGGGACAAGUUUUCAUCCGUGGAGGAGCGCUUGGAUUCCUCUUAUGGUUCGUCGUCGCUGACGGUGGAGAGCCUGGCAGAAAUCGUGGAGGCCUGUAACAUUGACACCGAGGAAGCACCAGCGACCAGCUCUGGACUCACUAAGGAAGAGGAGAACAUUAUCACAUCCAUCACUGAAGAUGGGGAUACAAUCCUGCACCUGGCCAUUAUCCAUGAGGAAGCUUUAAUUGCAAAACAGUUGAUCCAACUAUUUCCUAAAGAAGUCCUGGACAUCCAGAACAAUUUGUAUCAGAGUCCUUUGCAUCUAGCCACCUACUUGAACCUAACUGAUGUGGUCAAGAGCCUGGUGGCCAAAAUGGUCAGCAUUGACUUACAGGACCAGGAUGGAAAUACAGCGCUCCAUGUGGCCUGUCAUCACGGCCUAACCUCGUGUGCCGCGGAGAUGACCAGUGAGAUGUCUCCCAGCAAGCUGACAAGAGUCCUGGAAACCCAAAACUGGAGAGGUCUUGCCUGUCUUCACUUAGCAGCGCUCAGCAGGCAACACCAGAUUAUGAAACUCUUGCUGACGAAAGGCGCAGACCUUAAUAUCCAGGAGGGGACCAGCGGCAAAACGGCACUUCAUCUCGCUGUUGAGAUGAACGACGCCAUGACGGUGAAGCUUCUGCUCAGCAGUGGAGCCAACGUAGACGCCGCCAUGUUCAACGGCUGUACGCCACUUCAUCUCGCCGUGGGGAGGCAGGACGCCACCAUCGCCAAUCUCCUUUGCCAGUCUGGUGCAGAUACCAUGCUGCGAAACUUGGAGGACGAGACGGCGUUGGACCUGGCCGAUGGGAAUGACGAUAUUCUCGCCCUAUUUCCUUUCGAUGACAUUCAGAUCUCGGGGAGGUCAGUGGUUGGUGUGAAGUUUUAA